AGAAGAUGCAAUCCACAAGAAAAUGGAAGAGGAGGAGGCCCGUAUAGAAAGGGACAGAGGUCGCGAGGGCACGUGGUACCACGAAGGACCUCCGGAAUUGAGGGACGCUAGGCUUUGGAUCGCUCGGUAUAGCUUGCCGAGAGCCAAACAGAGGCUAACGAAAGCCCGUGAGGACCUGCAACUAGCAGGUAGCGUAAGGGCAGCAGCGAAACAAGACUCCCAGCGAAAGGCGUCUGCCAUCUCCAUAUAUUGCAGCCAGGUAAUUUACUAAAUCAGUGGUUCCCA